AUGGAAAAUGAGAUUAGCCAUGGAAAUGUGACGCAUGUGGCUAGUAAAGGUAAACCCGAGAGCCCACGUGUCACAUGUAGCGAUAGCAACACCACCAUCAAUAAUAAUCACAACAGCGGCAACAACAAUAAAGAACAAGAUCGAUUUCUUCCGAUAGCAAACGUGAGUAGAAUCUUGAAGAAAGUGAUCCCGAGCAACGGGAAGAUCUCCAAAGACGCAAAGGAAACGAUCCAGGAAUGCGUGUCGGAGUUCAUCAGCUUCGUCACCGGAGAAGCCUCGGACAAAUGCCAGAGAGAGAAGAGGAAGACGAUAAACGGAGACGAUAUCAUAUGGGCGAUCACGACGUUAGGGUUCGAGGAAUACGUCGGACCCUUGAAGUUAUACCUAAGCAAAUAUCGAGAGAUCGAAGACGAGAAGCUUAUCUUCCCGAAGCAACAAAGACCGGAGCUGCAAAAACAACAUCACCACCACCACCAACAACAACAACAACAACUCGUCCGACAACAAAAAUCCGAAUAUGAACAAAAUUUAGGGUUCAGCAACAACAACAAUAAUGUAUAUUCUUCAUUAAAUGUUUUGUCUAAUCAUCAUCAUCUUCAUCAUCACCACCCUCCUUUUCUUCCUACGGAGCAACCAUUUUCCUUGCCUUUCUCUUCCGAUUCCUUUCAAAAGCAAUUACAGUAGCAAGAUUUUGAUUCU